AUGUUCCGCUCCGCCAUUGUCCGCUCCCUCCGGGCCUCCGCCCCCCGUGUCGCUGUCAAGACCCCGGCUCCCUUCCAGAUUCGCAGCUCUCCCAUCGCUGCUCGUGCUCCUCAAUUCACUCCCUGCUUCGUCUCUCAGACCGUCCGUCUUUACUCCGCUCCCGCCGGUCUGUCAAAGAACGAGGUUGAGGGCCGGAUAGUCAACCUGCUCAAGAACUUCGACAAGAUCAACGGUGUCUCUCACUUCUCGAACGACCUUGGUCUCGACAGCUUGGAUACCGUCGAGGUCGUGAUGGCCAUUGAGGAGGAAUUCAGCAUUGAGAUCCCUGACAAGGAGGCCGACCAGAUCCACAGUGUUGAGAAGGCUGUUGAGUACAUCCUGGCUCAGCCCGAUGCUCACUAA